GUUCGACCGCUCCACUUGCGCGUGCUAUUAGACGGCUCUGCAUAUCACAAUCUAAGACGAAGAUGAUCUCUCUUCUCUGCUUAUGUAAAAUAAACAGGUCGUUGCUGCACCGGUCAGUUUUGACCAAUUGUCAAACCGAAACCUAUUUUUUUUUAUUUUGAGCGUGAAAUUAUACAAGAACCGUGUUCAACAUUGUCUCCAUUACACUUUUUUUUUUUUAAUUUUUUAGUUUUUGUUAAAUUAAGUAAUUGGAAAAUUAUAAACGUUGUACUUAAAAAGAAGCAUUCAUACAGAUACGGAGAAAUCCAGUCAAAUAAAAAACGUUAUUUUAUAUCUUCAAAUAUAAAUGAUAAUGUGCCUAAUUUUGUCCUCCAAGUAUUUUAUUCUGUUUGUUUUGGAAAAUAAUUUUAGCUAGAGAUUUCAUUAGACGACAUCAAAAUUUAAUGUUAGAUAUAUGUACUGCCAUAACUAUAUAUAUAUGGCUGAUCUUCCUCACGUUGAGUAAAGUAACAAAUUAAUAUUAUAUAUUUAGCAAUAAUAACCAAUCUUUUCGUUACAAUUUCUCUUCAUCUUCCAAUAAGAGAGAGUAAAAGAGAAUCAAAACAUGGCUAAUCUUCGUCUAAUGAUCACUCUAAUCACCGUUUUGGUUUAUUUACUUCCGAGCUUUGCUAAAUCGUCAGAAAGCACUAAAGUUAUUACUCUACCUAAGUCCCUAAACCUCACCCUCCUCACCGAUCCUUCAACCAUCUCCACCGCCUCUCACGAUUACGGAAACGUUACCACCGUGACACCCGGCGGCGUCCUCUGCCCUUCCUCCUCCGCCGAGAUAUUCCGUCUCCUACGCUACGCCGCCAACGGAGAGACUAUAUUCCAAGUGGCGGCUCGCAGCCAAGGCCACUCUUUAAACGGCCAAGCCUCCGUAUCAGGUGGAGUGGUUAUCAACAUGACGUGUCUCGCUGACAUAACUGUUUCAGAAGACAAAGAGUAUGCUGACGUGGCAGGCGGGACGUUAUGGGUGGAUGUGCUUAGAGAGACGGCGGAGCAAGGCGUUUCGCCGGUUUCGUGGACGGAUUAUUUGCAUAUUAGCGUCGGAGGAACGCUGUCGAAUGCUGGAAUCGGCGGUCAAAUGUUUAGAAACGGUCCUCAAAUUAGUAACGUCCUUGAGUUGGACGUUAUAACUGGAAAAGGUGAAACGUUAGCAUGCUCGCCACAGUUAAAUCCAGAAUUAUUCUAUGGAGUAUUAGGAGGUUUGGGUCAAUUUGGAAUAAUAUCGAGAGCCAGAAUUGUUUUGAACCAUGCACCUAAAAGGGCGAAAUGGUUUAAAAUGCUGUACAGUGAUUUCACAGCUUUUACAAAGGACCAAGAAAGUUUGAUAUCAAUGAACAAUGACACUGGAGUUGACUACGUAGAAGGUCAACUAUUGAUGUCAAACGGCAUCGUCGACACUUCCUUUUUCCCACCGUCUGAUCAAUCUAAAGUCGCUGAUUUAGUGAAAAACCAUAGUAUCAUCUAUGUUCUCGAAGUAGCCAAGUAUUAUGAUGAUCCCACUGUUCCCACCACUGUCCAGGUGAUUGACAAGUUAACUAAAACCCUAAGUUACCUGUCCGGGUUUAUAUCAAUGCACGACGUGUCCUACUUUGAUUUCCUGAACCGUGUACAAGUUGAAGAAGAUAAACUCAGAUCUCUGGCUUUAUGGGAAGUUCCUCAUCCAUGGCUUAACCUCUAUGUCCCUAAAACUCAGAUACUAGAUUUCCAUAACGGUGUUGUAAAAGACAUUCUUCUCAAGCAGAACUCGACUUCUGGCGUUGCUCUCUUCUAUCCCACAAACCGGAAUAAAUGGGACAAUCGUAUGUCGGCGAUGAUACCAGAUGAAGAUAUUUUCUAUGUCGUGGGACUACUACAGUCAGCUAGCUCACAAAAUGUGCAAGAAGUGGAGAGUGUAAACGAGGCGAUCAUUAGGUUUUGCAAGGACUCGGGUAUUAAGAUUAAGCAGUAUCUAAUGCAUUUCACCAGAAAAGAAGAUUGGGUUGAACAUUUUGGAUCUAAAUGGGGUGCUUUUUCAAAGAGGAAAGAUCUGUUUGAUCCAAAGAAACUAUUAUCUCCAGGACAAGAUAUUUUUUGAUGCACUUAACUUAGAUAUGUAAUAAGUAACGAAAAUAAAAUUUAGGGAAGUUUACUAAAAUGACACAAAUUAAUUGUGUUAUUACUAGAAUGACUCAUAUUUUUUGAAAAUUAUUAGAAUAUUUUUCUGGUCGAAAUUGCCCUUGUCCAUAUAGUUAUAACAAUAAAAAAACAUUACCAAAAUACCCUUAAUAUUUGAUCGACGGCAGAUUUAUUUUCAAAAAAAUAAAUCUAUCGACUAAUAAGUCUGUUUAUAAAAUCUGUAUAGAAAAAGAAGUCUACCGUUAAAUUGGUGUCAGACUUUCU